GUGUUCCUCCCACUAGAUUCUAGCUUUGUUGAAGCAGCUGCUCGACUCUCUCUGACAGACCCUCUGUUUUAUGACCAUUGGUGAAUUUUAUGUCUCCUCAUCAGGAGAUAUUUGCAGUUAAAACUGAAGGCUGGACAUUUACCUUCGAUAAAGCAUCAUGGUUAGGCCUGGCCACAGCAACAAAACUACAGAGGACCCUAAUUGUACAGAAGGGAGGGAGACGACGAAAACACUGAAGUACUUUCCUCCGUAUGGUUCCAUCAGUGGAAACGCCACAGGAGACACCUGUCCAACAUGCCGAGGCACCGGACGAAUUCCCAGAGGCCACGAAGACCAGCUUGUUGCUGUAAUACCAUGUAAUGAUGUGAGACUGAGACCCAGACGCACGAAGCUGUACGUUUUCAUCUCCAUGGUCGUGUGUCUCCUCCUUUGCUGCCUGAUUCUGUUUUUCUUCUUCCCGCGGAGCAUCACCCCGACGCCAGUGUCUGUGCUGUCAGUAAUGGUCUACUUCACCCCAGACGCAGUUGAAAUGCAAGUGACAAAUGUCAUCAACAUCUCCAACGAGAACUUUUUCCCAGUAGAGAUUGCACAGUUUACCAUGCAGGGGCUGAUUGCUGACAUAGUCAUGGGUAAGACCAAGUUAUCCAAUAUGACGGCCAUCCAGCCCCGAUCACAGAAAUCAUACACCAUUGAAAUUGACCUGCCUCUGACAGACAAAGGCUUAGUGGCUUACUGCAAGUCAAGCUCUUUCAAGAUUCACACGUUAUUUCUGGAGCUGCAAAUGACGAUGAAUAUUUCCUACAUGGCUCACACAGAGCAGCUCUCUCUGCAGACAUACGAGUAUAUCGACUGUGGCACCAAUUCAACGAUCCCUCAUCCCGUGAGCGGGUGAAAUCCAAAUGAAAAGGCGCCGCACCUUUAUUCCCUUUGUAUUUCAUCUGAAUAUGUGAGUGACAGCCACUGUGACGAUACGUCUCAUCUCAUUGUUCUGUAUGUCGUUAAGAGCACGCUGUGAGAUUACUAUUAAUCACUACAAUGUCGUUUAGAUAUACCACAUGCAUUGGCAAGGAUAAUUUUUGCUAAUUUCUGUGUGAUAUCUGUGAGUUAAUCACAACAAUAAAUGCCUCAUAAUGUGCAAUUCAAAAUGUAGUAACAGUAUUUUGUAGUUGUAAAUAUCACAUAUGUGUUUUUUUAAGGAGAUUUGGGAGAUUUCUUUUAAGGUUAAUUUUUGUGUUUUCAGAUGUUGACCUCUUUUUUUCAUUUGCACUUUAUUAUAAUGUGACAUGUGUUAGAUCGUCUUUAUUUCCUCUUUUUUUUUCACCCCUUGCUUCACUGGUGUGGUUUUAUACUUCAGUGACGGACGUUAAAGACAAGUUAAAAUAAACUUUUCAACCAUUCAAGGGAAGGACGAAGGAAAUCCACUGGUUGGUUUUACUUAAAUCCAUUACAAGGCUAAAUACCGCACUUAAGUAAAAGUAUGUUGUUAUAAUUUGGGGAUUUUAUUUAAAUAUUUACAGUAUGGGUGGAAAAAAUUAAAGGAUUAUCUUAUGCAUACAUGUGAAGAACAUGUCAAUGCUGAAACAGAUUGAGAUUAUAGAAAUAAUGUUUAACCAUUUUAAUAAAUCUGAUACUAAUUUCAGUUGAAACAGGGUCAUAAAUUAUUAUUUUCGUCAUGAUAAAUGUAUAUAUUUUUUAUUAUUAACAGCCUUAAAAUGUGAGAAAUGGGCACAGAGUAUUUGGAAUUUGUAUGAAACAGAUUCAGUCGUGAUUGUAAUAAUCUGUUGUGUAGUUUAAUGUUCAUAUGUUAUUGUUAAGUGAAGCUCUCAGUUUGAUUCCACCACUGAGAAUUACACAUACUGAUCUUAAUGAGACACUUUUAUUUUUAUUCUUUUGAUCACCACGACUCGGGAGUGACCCGAGAAUAUUUCCUCCAGUUCUGUAACAGUUCGUUUGUACACAAGGUGGCGCCAAAGCGUUAUUACACGGCACAAGUACAAGGCUAUACUGCAUGUGAAGAAGGCAAUUUUUGUUUGAUUGUAUGAAUCUUUAUCAAAAGGAAAAUGAUGAAAGGGAUGUUUAUAUUGUAGCAUAGAUUUAUGUUUGACAUGUUGCUCUUGUAUGUGUCUGUGAAGUUUCUCGUUCAUCUAGGUCAUGUUUUAUUGCAAAAUAAAGCUUAACCAAGAAGCUUAGUUUAAAAAUUGAGUCUGUAAUGACCUGAUACUCAGAUGAAAGUGAAGAAUGUUGUUCAGAUUAACCUGUUCUGAUUUGUUCUGUGUUUUGUUUUUUUGACUCGUUUUCAAGAAAACCCCAAGCAUGUUCAGUUGUGUUGUUUUGUUUUAACUUUGUUUUCAGAUACUCUUACACUUACAUUGUGUAUUUGUGUGUUUAUCAUUCAUUUCUCUGUGGAAUACAAAGGAAUUCCAGUGAUGCUGGCAUGUACUCAUUGAA